AUGAGGAGUGUUGUUUCGGAGCUUGAGGGCACCCUUUUGAAGGACCCUAAUGUGUUCUCCUAUUUCAUGCUAGUCGCAUUCGAGGCCUCGGGCCUCGUUCGUUUCGCGCUGCUGCUGAUGCUGUGGCCCCUCGUUCGCCUUCUCGAGGCGUGUGGGAGGGGCGACGACGGGCUCAAGCUCACCUUGUUUGUGGCGACGGCCGGGGUCCGUUUCCAGGAGAUUCAAGCCGUGACUAGAGCUGUUUUGCCUAAGUUUUUCUUUGAUGAUUUGAAUAUGGAGGCGUGGAGUGUUUUCUGCGGCGGCGAUAGGCGGGUCGUGGUGAGUAAAAUGCCGAGCGUCAUGGUCGAGAUGUUCGUCAAGGAUCAUUUGAGGGCCGAUGAGGUUAUCGGAACCCAACUCUCCGUUAACCGGUUUGGCCUCGCUACCGGUUUUUUGAAGCGUGAUUUCGGCUCGAUUGCGGACGAUGUGGCCGAGUUGUUUAGGGACAACCAUGGUGGACCGAGUGUGGGACUAGGGAGACUUGGUUGUGGUUCGGGUCCAUAUUUUCUACCUUUGUGUCAGAAACAAUGCCAUCCACCUUUUCCAAAUGUGAGCGGUGCAAAACAAAUCCUCCGCCCUAUGCCGGUGAUCUUCCACGACGGCCGCCUGGCAAAGCGACCGACGCCCGGGGCGGCCCUCCUUAUCCUCCUAUGGAUCCCUCUAGGGAUCCUCCUGGCGGCAGUCCGGAUCUCGGUGGGCCUAACCCUACCAAUGUGGGCCAUCCCAAGGGUGGCCCCCAUCUUUGGGGGAAGGGUGGUGGUGAAAGGCACCCCUCCCCCGCCAGCCUCGGGUUCCAACUCCGGGGUCCUAUUCGUCUGCACCCACCGCACCCUAAUGGACCCGGUGGUCCUCUCCGCCGUCCUCCGGCGCCGGAUUCCGGCGGUGACGUAUUCAAUCUCCCGUCUUUCGGAGAUCCUCUCCCCGAUCCCCACCGUCCGCCUCACCCGGGUCCGAGACGUCGACGCGGAGAACAUAAAGCGGGAGCUCGAGAGAGGCGAUCUGGUAGUGUGCCCGGAGGGGACGACGUGCAGGGAGCCGUUCCUGCUGCGGUUCAGCGGGCUGUUCGCGGAGCUGACGGACAGGAUAGUGCCGGUGGGGAUGAAUUACAGGGUGGGGAUGUUCCACGCAACGACGGCGAGGGGGUGGAAGGGGAUGGACCCGAUAUUCUUCUUCAUGAACCCGAGGCCGGUCUACGAGGUGACGUUCCUUAGCCAGCUGCCGGCGGAGGAGACUUGCUCGGCGGGGAGGAGUCCGCACGACGUGGCGAAUUACGUGCAGAGGAUUCUGGCGGCAACGCUGGGGUUUGAGUGCACCAAUUUCACCAGGAGGGAUAAGUACCGUGUGCUCGCCGGGAAUGAUGGAACGGUGACGGUGACGCAGGCGAGGGGUCCGGUCAAGGAGGUGGCGAAAUUGGUCAGGAAAGUGGUCGGGAGUUUAGUUUAUUAGAUGAGGGAUUUUGGUUUCUUUAAGCUGUGUGCUUUGUUGCUUCUGCUGAUAUUUUAUUUUAUGUAUAGUCAGAUUAUUGUGUGUAUAUUGAUAUUGAAUAGAUGUGCGAUGAUUUAUUAACGAGAAUAAAUUGGGUGUAUAACGAUGGUACGUAUAUAAUUUUAUGGAGUAUUCGAUUUAAA